AUGGCGUGGAUGGACAACCUCGUCAUUGAAUUCUUAAAAGAAGAUGUCCGACGUCUUCACCACCCGCAUGACAAUGCACUCGUUAUCAGCAUACUAGUAGAAGAUUACAAUAUGCACCGAGUUCUAGUUGAUAAUGGCAGCUCAGCUUACUACCCAGCAUUCCAACAGAUAAGGAUUGAUAAAAAGCGGUUGAUUUUGAUGACUGCUCCGCUCGUUGGAUUCGAAGGAACGCGAGUAUUCACUCUUGGCGCGGUCACAUUAUCCGUGACAGUGGGUGACUACCCCCAACAGAUCACUAAGGACGUAACCUUCCUUGUAGUCAACUACUUGUCCGCUUACAAUGCUAUCCUAGGACGACCCACCCUCAAUGCAUGGAAGGCUGUAACCUCAACCUACCAUUUAAUGAUUAAAUUCCUCGCAGAUUAUAAAGUAGAGGAGCUGCGCAGAAAUCAGGUGGUUGCGCGCGAAUGCUACAUAUCCAUGAUGGAGAUGGACGACCACCUCCAGACCAUGAACAUAAAAGAAUACUUGACGGUGACAGAGCCCGUUGAAAGGCUUGAAGACGUACUUCUCGACGACUCCAAGCCUGAUCGAACGACAAGGAUUGGUACCCUCGCUAACUCGAUGGUCCGCCAAACACUUGUAACUUUUCUAAAAAACAACUGCGAUGUAUUUGCUUGGAGCCAUGAAGAUAUGCCAGGAAUAGACCCUUCGGUCAUAGUACACAGAUUGAAUGUGUUACCUUCCUUUACACCCAUCCGUCAUAAGAAACGGGUAUUUGCCCUAGAACGAGAUUAA